AGCUGGCGGUUACUCGUUGGCGGAACGUCGCUCGGUACGGAACUCCGGAACAUCUCUUGGAUUAAGCUGGCGUGAGAAACUGUUUAGAGAUGUAGUUUGUUUGUUUCCUAAGAUAAACACAUGGUGUCUGGUUUUUAGAGGACACUGUCAGUUGGGAAAAAUCUGUGAAUAAUUAUCACACACUUUUGAGCGAAAGGAGGAAGAACCGAUCUUGGAGUAGGGCCAACUCAACCAACUCGCGCGAUGAUGAUGGUGACUUUAGUUAGUGGCACGAUAGUUCAAGUGCGUUCACAGCAAAGUGUCUAUCGAUGCAACGGGACAAUUAGUGACUGUCUGUGGGUGGAAGUGCCAGGAAGUGAGAAGAUUAUCUUCGUGUCCAGCGACAGUCCUGAUAAAUAACUAGAGCAAAUAGAAUCAACUAGUGUCGUUCGGUGGGGAAAAGGAAGAAAAAAUAAAUUAAUCACCUUUCUCGUGGAUAUCACAAUUUUGUGCAAAGCAGGGACAAUGACCAAGUCAUUCUAGACACGUGCCCUGGCUGGAAGAAGUCAGAAGCCAGAAGACAUCGAAACUCAGGAAAUAUAUCAAUUAAACCAGCCGGUACCGAUAAACUAGUCUGGCAAUCAAAUUUCUCCAAAGUGUUCCGACAAAGUGUAAACACCACCAACUAUAUUGGUUGUGGCCUGCGAAAAUAAUUGGAAUUUAUCGUCCAGAUGUAGAUGCUUCCCAAUAACUCGAAUUAUUCGAAGAAGAAAACAACUAUUAAUUGAGUGUUGCUUGUUGCCUGGAAAAAUCAUCCAUCCAAAAAACUUUAUCCGUAAGGAAAUCCUGGGAAAAACCUCAACUUUGGUGACAAGAAAACAAUAAAAAAACCCACACACACGCACGAUUUAUUGAAAAAGUUGCGGCGGGAAUUCUGCGAAGGAUUCUAGAAGAUGCCACUGACGCGGAGCAAGGAGGAAGUGGCCAGCAGCACGAGCUCGGUGGUGGGAGGAUUGGCCACCGCCACCAGCACCACAAGCCCCAAGUUGGCGUCCUCGUCGCUGGUGAAGCUCGGGUUACAUUCCAAGGCGGCAAAGCCAUUCCGGGUGAUGGUGCUGGGCCAGAGCGGCGUGGGGAAGACGGCGAUGGUCGUUAGGUUCAUCACGAAACGCUUCAUCGGCGAGUACGAUCCGAAUCUGGAGAAGGUGUACAGCUUCCACACCCUGGUCGACAACGAGUUUGUGCAGUUUGACAUCCUGGACGCGGCCGGACAGCCAAAUGAAGCGGACUGCAUGACGCUGGAGGCGAACAUCCGGUGGGCGGAGGCGUUCAUCCUGAUGUACUCGGUGGCGGACAAGUGCAGCUUCGACGAGUGCAACCGGCUCAAGUUCCUGAUCAACUACAACAAGCGGCGGCGCCGGCUCGGCUCGUACAACAAGGACGCCCAGCUGGACGUGCCGGUCAUCCUGGUGGGGAACAAAAUCGACCAGAUCGGGGACCGGAUGGUGUCCACGGAGGAGGGCCAACGCCGGGCAAAGGAGAUUUCCUGCGCUUGCUUUCACGAAAUUUCCGUGCGGGAAAGUAUAGAGCAGGUUUCCGGGGUGUUUCGGGACGCGUGUCGGUUUUGGAGGGUUUUGAACCGGUACCCGAAGCUGAAGCGAUCUACGAGUGAUGUGCAUGAUUUGCACUCGGAGGUCGAGCUGAUUCUGAGUCCGGACAGUAUUCACCCGUUCUGCAACUGUGAUUUGGGCUAUGAGAAGAGACGAUCAAUUAUAAUACUAGGCCGUCCCUGGACCGAGGAGGAACCGGACGAGACGGACGAGUCCGAGUCGAGCUGCUGUUCGUCGCAAAAGUCCGACAUCGAGGAGCAACCGUUCCGGGGGCGAGCCUCCACCGACGGGACGCUGCUGUCGCGGCCCCGAAGGUGGCGCUUUGCCCCACCGGGAUCGUUGAUGCCCCACGUGAGCAGGGUCGAGCGGAGGAUGAGCAUCUCGAUGCGGGGGAGCAAUGCGAGUUAUUAAGGAGUAUUUUUUAUAUUUAUUGAAAAUGACAAUAUUGUGAUUGUGUCAAUGUUAACGUCACUGUGCUUUAUCAUGAUCCCAGUAGAAAAAGAAAAAAACAGAAUAAUCAGUCUUGUAUAAGAGUAUAAUAUUGACAUUUUACUGUAGCAUUACUGUAUUGUACAAACAGGCCUAAAUAAUAUGUAUAAUGAAACCUCAAAUAUAUUGAAAAAAAAAAAAAGGGAUUAAAUUAAACUAUUUUGCUCACUUAUUGCCACUUCUUCCCGAUAACACAUAAUCGUUAAACCAUUUCAUGGUAGAAGCAAAGUUGAUUCGAUGUUUCAAUUCAAUUUUUUCUCCAGAGAAUCUUUCCCCAAGUUCAGCACACUUCUCCAUAAAGGUAACAAUUUUAAGGUUUCCUGUAGAUUUCGCAAGUGCAUACAGAGAAAAUCCAUCCGAUUGAGGCUCGUUGAAUAAGUGCUUCAUUUUUGCAAGGGCUGCUGAGUCUAAACUUUCAAUCGAUCCUCCAAUUUCCGACUCCAAAACAAUUUCAAACAUUUCCACAUCGUCCGCCAGCAGAGCAAACUGAAUGGCGCUGGUAUUUUCCUUGUAAUCCGUAACAACCUCCAAUUUGUUCCGUUUGGCAUGUUCCAAAAGCACUUUCAGUGCUCGAUUGGCUUGAUGCUGAAUCGCAACUCCAAAGAUGGUCACCCCAUUGUACACGAAGCUAAGAUCCGCCCCACAGCCGAGAAGCAUCUUCACCAAAAUUGCGUUAUUUCUGCAAACUGCUUGGAAAAUUGACGUCAGCUCAACAUUUUGACACUUUUUAUUCACGGUUUCGUGGCUGUGGUUCAGCAGAACCUCCACCACAUUAAUCCGCUGCAUGUGAACUGCCAUAUAGAGGGGGAACAUCCCUCCGCAGUCGUAAGCCGUGUGGUCCGCCCCGUAGGUGACCAGAAAUUGGACAGCCUCGGCGGCACCGUUGGAGGCGGCCACGGCCAGCACGGAGAUGUUCCGGUUGCUUUGGGCGUGAAACAGGUGAGUUCCUUUGGAGUUGCAAAUGCCACGUUCAACGCAGUAUUUGAACACUGGUUCAAGUUCUGACCAAGGCCACUGGGUGUAGGCGAAGAGGGCACUCUCCUCGUCGUUGUUUUCGAUGGACAGGUCGGCUCCGCAGUCGAUGAGAAGGUUGAAGAAUUUUGCAUUUGGAACACCGUACAUGAUUGUGGAUCCGGAGCGGUCUUGAGUGUUUAUUAUUUUCUUGAUUGGUGAAAAAUUUGGUGAAAUUCUAAGCAAUAUUUGGUUCGAUGAGAUAUUAAGAAAUCGAUAGGAUUUGUUUGCAUAAUCAAAUUCAACUGUUGUUAUGAAACAGGUCUUGAGAAUGUUUAGAUCCUCAGCAGUCUGUAUAAAAUCUCUGUAAAUGCGAUUGAAUGUUAAGUUGUUCUCACAGAAUGCGAAUUGAUCAAAUUGAUCGACCUUUGGAAGAUCUUUGGCGCCAUAAAUUUUGAACAGAACUCUUAUUUGAAUCAUGUUUUCUUCUGAAUCUAUGUACAGAAAUUCUCUUUCAAAUUUACUACAAAUAUUGAUUUGUUCUGAGAUUGAUAAACAUUUCUGAACAUCAAUACACAAAUCUAAAGCUUUAGUGGCAUUUACUUCAUAAUCAAACUCGUUAAUAAUUUCCACUCCAAAUCCACAAUCAGUAAUACCAAAAGUUUUGAUUCGUUCUACAAUUCUGUAAAAAAAAUCAACCUUGCGUUUUAAGCAUAGACCGAGCAAAUCGAUUGUUAGAUAAUUCAAUAUUUUGCAUUCGUGCACGAUUCGCUCCCAUUCAGAGAGAUUUGAAUCAUACAAGGUUGCAGUUUUGUGGUAAAAUAUACGUUUUUCAACAAGAACAAGUAUUCCCUCAUCAUCUGAUUUCAUAACAUAUCGGAAAAAUGGCUGGUAACGCAAAAUCUUGUAACCAAACCUUAACAAAAUUUCAAAAUCAGCAAGUGAAAAUUUUGAAACAUUCGGCAAUGUAACUUGCAAGUGGUAUCCCUCAGGCAAAUCAACUGGUAAAUGCUUAAAAUACUUUAAACACCCGAAAACUGUAAGGCAAAUUUUCCUAAAAUCAUCCAUUUGAACCAGCUUUGCACCUCUGCUUAGAAAAUACUUCACCAAAGUCCAUUUUCGAUGAGUUGAAGCCACCUGAAGGGCUCUAUCCAAAUUUAAAACUUUUCCUAAGUUACUUUCCAUCAAAGUUUGAACCAUUUUGGUUCGUCCUGAAAUCACACAAAACAUUAGCGUUUCCUCGGCGUCUUCACGAGUCUUGAACUUGAAGUUUUCAACCAUAAAUUUGAACGCAAACAAGUUGUUGCAAGAAACUGUGUUUUGAAGUAAAGCCACCAUAUCUGGCGUCAUUAUAUCAGAACUAUUGAAAAGAAAAUCAAUGUUUUGUAAAUCCUUCAAAGAAUUACUUCGAAUGAUUGCAUGAAUUUCUGAAUGUUUCAACUUGGAAGGAUUUACAGUCAGAAUGAUGCUUUUCAGCUCGUGAGAACCAAUAAGCAUCAGAAUAGUUUCAAAUUUUGAGCCGAAAUUGUCGACGAGAUCCAAUAUUUCAGAAAUGUCCUCUUGUUGACCCAAGUAUUUGAUCAAUCUUCCCAUGAAUCUCCAAAUACUGACAGGUAAUUUGGAAGAUUCGAAGAAGGUACUCCAUGAAUCUUUACCGGAGGUUGCAAGGACAUGCUCGAACUGAUCCUUGCUAAUUGCAUUGAGCAAUUUGAUUUUAGAAAAACAAUUAUUUUCCUGGUUCAAAAUUUUCAACAUUAAGCAUACUUUAUGACGAGGUUUGAUUGAAUCAUUAAUGUAAUGCCAUAAAUCAAGUAUACUCAGCAGUUGAAGUUCGCUAUUAAUUGUCAUCCAAUAUUUCGCCGAUAACAAUCCACCUCGACUUAAACAGUUUUCGAUCCCAGCUUCAUCUUGGCCCAAAAAUGACCUUUUCAGUCUUUCCUGUGUUCUAAUAUGUGAAAGUCCUUCAACCUUAACAUCUUCAACAUCGGGAAGAUCGCCUUUUUCUCGAUCUCCAAAAAGCUGCCAAUCGAGUUCGGCCAUAACCAGCGCAUUUACAAGCACCUUAACGCGUGAACUGUUGGUCAGCAAAUCGUACGAAAUGCCAUCGUGCGCAAGGUAGUUUCGAAAGUUCCGCCCACAAAUCAUCUGAACGUCCCCCUUGAUGGUGUGAAAAUUGUCCUGAAAGUGUUUGGUUGAAACCAGAAUUUCACUCAGUUCGAGCAUCCAAAACUCAAUCACCAGGACGCUUUCCGUUGGAAUGUUUUUGAAGUUUCUGGUUAGUUUGUGGAUGGUUUCACAAUUGUGUUUUCUAAAUAGUUGUUUGAUGAAAUUUUGUAAAUUUUGAGUUAAUUGCUUGAGUUCUUUUUGAUCCCUUUUUCGCAUUUCCUUAAUUUUCUUUGGUAAGUUAGGAAUUUUCCUUUUCGGCAUCACUUUGUCAAUGGCGUCGUAUUUUGAAUCAAUCAAAAAUAUGUCUUUGAAGUAAAUCUUGUUCAAUUUCUCGAAAAGAGCUGCUUCCAACUUGGAUCUUUCUUGCAAUGAAAUUUCACUCUCUUCGAGCAGAAAAUCACAAAUUUGUUCAACUUCCUCCUUACAGUAGUACUCCUUUACUGUCCCAUUAUCGAUGUCGAAUAUCCUCUGAGCCGACCCCAUCGAAAUCAUGUCCAAAUCGGUCAUUUGUUCCGAAACCAACCAGCCAGCUUCGUACCGCAAAACCUUCCAGUUGUCGGUUAAAAGUUGGAAAAACGAAUCGUUGCUUAUUCUACUUUUGGAAAAAUUCAUCUCAAUCAUUUUGUGGCAAAUUUGGAUGCUAUCGGUGGAAAAUGCCACAGCUUGCAAUACGUCAUAAUCGUAGAAAAAGUGAGAAAUUUUCAUCCUUUCAAGGCAGCUAAGAACUGCGAUUCGUUUUGAAUAAUUUGUCUUUGUUCGCUGGAGAAGAUCUCGAAUCUCAAUUGAACAAUUUCCUCGUAGUUUUGCAUCAAUAGCUGACUCAUUAGCUUCAUGAAAUUUCUUGACAUCAUCAAAUAAUUUUAUUUGCAGUUUUAUUAACUCUUUUUGAUCCCCCACAAAGCAAAUAAAUUCACGAAGUGUUUCCAAAGAUGAUAUUCGCAGCAAAGAAUCGAAGUACCAUCGAAAAUACUCAAAACAUGUAAAAACAAUCAAAAUUUUCACCGCAAUUUCCACAUUCGACAUAUAUUUCGGCGUAUUUGUAUAAUACAAAAACAAAUCCCGCGCAGUGAAAAAUUUCUUAAUCAACGGAAACUUGUGGCAAGUAACAUCCCUGGUUGUCUUGUUCUGCCCAACUUCAGACCACAGUAGCGUUUCCAAAAUCCGGCUGAUCUUUUUCGGGAUGUUUGGCGUAUUUGUUGUACUUUUAAUGCACUCUCCGAAAAUUUGCGUGAAUCGCUUUAUAACGGCGACGUAGCUUUCCUUCCUGCCAGACUGAUCCUGCAAGAUUUCUGCGGUUUGUUUGUGGGAUAAAAUGAGCGAUUGGCUAAAAUCUAGAGAUUUUGCAAUCUUGCAAAGUGAGUACAUCUGCUUAACACGGAAAAAUGUUUCUUUGAUUUUUGCGAAAACUUUGCGCGAUUUUUUUGGGUACGUGAAAUCGACAAAUUCUGUGCAAAAUACUUCAUCAAUAAUCGUACUAAAAGGGACAUCUUUGAACUUUUUCGAACUCAACCUGUUCCAAAUGUUGUCACUUAAGGUUGGCAAAGAAGAAUCGGAUGUCCAAACAGGUUCUAGAUCUUGACGAAUUCGACUAUUCAGAUUUGUCAUUAUUGAGUUUAUUGCAAAAAUAACUCUCUUGAAUUCUUCUUUAAAUGCAUUUAAAUUGUUUGAAAUUACUAUUAAAAACUUCAUCAUCAACGGUUUGUUGAUUACCAUUCGAUACCAAUCGUAUUCUCUUUCUUUGAAUAUUUUUAGGAAAACAGCCAACAGAAAGGUCACCUCCCUGAUGGGAAUUUUCCUCAACUGGACAUUAUCUUUAAUCAAGUAAAGUUGAUUGUGAACCAUCCUGAGACGAAACAGAACUUCGUUGUCGAUUCCCAAGUAACUAUUCGAAUCUUCUCUAGUUGAUAACAGAUUUGUCCACUCUACAAUGAACUCGAUGGAUUUUAGCCACUCUCCAUAAUUUUUGGGAGAUUUUGGAUCAGCGCAGAGAUGUUUAAAUCCGAAACUAGCAAGUUGAUAUUGCAGAUAAGUUUGCAAUUCCACCACAAUUUCAACCUCCUUACAGCUCAAGCUUUGCAGGGCAUUUGAAACGUGUUUGAAAAUUUCAGUUUCGUUGUAGGGAACCAUGCUUUCAAACAUUUCAUAAAUUUCAAUUGAGCCGUACUGGAUGACCUUUUCGAACUCUUCAUCAGCCGUUCGUCCAAAGCAGUCGUAUGACAAAACCAGCUGGGCAAGUUCAAAGCUAUCUUUGCCCAUUGCGUAGUCUAUUAUCGAACGAACCAAAUUUGGAUUCAGCGUCCAGCUUUUGAGACCAACUUCAAGCAGCAUCACUGCCAUGGAUUUCUGUUCCUUUCCUUUGAAAUCAACUAUUUUGUGGAACAAGUCGAAGUUGAGUCCGACAAAUUCUUGAUCUUUUUUGCCUCUCAAUAGGUGAGCCAGUGAGGGAACAUCCCCAGAAUUGAUUGCCAACUGGAAAGUGUUUUCACUUGCAAUCACUUCAAGAAGUCCUCGAACUUUUUGCUCUAAAUUCUGGACAUCGAAAAAAGGAACUGAUUCUUGAGGGUGGACCUCAACUGUAAAAAAUGUGGAACCCAACAGAAAAUUGAUCGACCGAGAACAUAAAAUGUCUUCACGAAAAAUGUUUAUAUUGAAAAUGAGCAAACAACGUUUCUCAGAUAAAUUAAACAAUUCACUGAUUUUAUCUAUAAUUAAUGACCUAGUGAUGUUGUUUUCUUUGAGACAUUCAAUCUCUUCACACAAAUUUUCAUUAUCAAUUUCGGAUGUAACAUAAAACUUUAAGUCACAGAAUGCGUACUGCUGUUCCAAACUUCCGAAAAAAUGAAAUGUUUUACACUUCUGAAUUAUUGUUUGACGGUGUUGUUUGAGAUAUUGCUCAAUGUUUGAAAACAAUCCUAUUUGAGAAUCGACUUUUUUGAUAACCAACUCCUCUUGAAAUGUUUUGUACAGCUUGAUCCGUCUUGCUACAGAACUCAUUAAUUUGAAAUUUGCAGAUUGUUGAAACACUUCGCAGUAGAAGAUCUUCUCAAGGUGCAUAAGAACUUUCCACUGCUCAAUUUGAAAGAACAAAUUGGUAAGAUCCGCGUUUGGUCCAUCCCAAGGACGCAACUUUAAACUAUCAACGGUAUCAUCCCAAAUCUUUGCGUACCCAAUAGCUAAAAUGCACGGAAUAACUUCGGAUUCGUAAGCCACGUUAAAUCCCAACUUGACCAAAUAUUUUAUCAAAUCUACUGAUACAGCUGACGCUGCAAGGGUGAUUAGGGACAGGUCCCAAUUGAGUUCAGCAUCGAUUGAGCACAUUUUCAAAAGGCCCAACUUUCCAGCAGCGACAGCCCCUUGAAAAGCUGUAAUUAUUGGAAUUCCAAAUUCAAAAUACUCCGGAUGGAAUCGGAUGGUGGGAUCAGCUUGGCUGUUAUUUAGAAGAAAUUUGGCAAUUUUCCACCGUUUGUGCUGGACGGCACUGUAGAGGCCUUUACUAACCACAAAUAAAUCAAUAGAGUUAUUCAAAAGUUUUCGAACAACUCGAAUUCGAUUGUGGUAAACAGCUACUUCAAAUGCCUUUAGCAGGUAUGUUGGUUUAAUUUUGAUGAUUGCUUCAAAAAGUCGAUCAUUUUUUAGUCUAAUUGAUUCAAGCAAGAUAAAUUCAAGUUGAUCUUCGUUAAGUUUAUCAAACAUUAAUAAAACAGACUCAUUCAAAUGAAAUUUGAUGGCUUUCUUCAAACUGACAUUAUCAACUUUUUGAGGACAAUUUCUAAACACUUUCAAUACAAGUGAAUCAUCUCCUGUCGAAAUUGAUUUCGUUAUAAUACCUGGGACAGCACGAGAGAAGCUAAGUCUUUCCAGAGAUUUACUGUUUCCAUAUUUGACUAGUUUAUCAACGACGAACGAAAAAGUUUCUAAAUUCCAAUCAGUUGGAUCAACUCCAGAAUCAACCAGAGCAUCAAUCAGAUAACUCCAAGCAAACAUUCUUUCAUCGAAAGAGGUGAUAUCUUGCGGACACAGAGUAAGUGCUUCAGAAAAGUUAUUAAGGCAUAAAGCAAUACUUAAUUUGACGUCUUUUGAAGUAAACGUGUCUGAAAAUUUACCUAAUUUAUCAAGCAUUAUAGAAUGCUCUUCACAAGUAUAUCCCAAGACGGUCUCCAACGUGUAAUAAUUAGGACCUUUGGCAUGUUCUAAACACAGCAAAUAAGAUCGUUGUAGGUCUUCACAUUUAAUGGUAUCAAUUGUUGAGAUGUCCAAAUUCCUACCCGCUUUCAACAAAUCUUUCUGUUCUUGAACUAAUUUCAAGCCAAAUAUUUCUAAAUCUUUUAGCGCUUCAAAACUGUCACAAUACGAGCUUGAUAACAGUUCCUCAAAUGAUGUUUCCGUUAGGACAAGUGCCAUUACAAGGACAUUUGUGACUGAGUUGAUUUCUAUAUCAUAAUUGCAAAGAACAUCAUGAUUGUGGUAGUUAAAUUGUUGAUAUCUGCAGCAUAAACCUAAGCCAUUCAAUGCUUUAAAAUAAUGUUCAAUCCAAUAACUUGCAGCCAUUCUAAGCACUCUAGGAAUUUUUGAAUGAUUUUGAGCGAUUGAAUAAAUUGUGGUAAUAUUAUUGUCAGAGAGAACAGAUCGAAUAUUUGCUACAAUAAAAUCUAGACUUUUCAUUGGAUCUGUGGUUGAAAAAGUAUUUCGGUCUUUUGAUAGAGAUUCACUCAAAUUUGGAGAAGCUACAUCAGAUUCUAUAGGUUUAUCAAAACUAAUUUCAUUUUUCAGUGAUCGCCAAAUUUCUUCAACAAUAUUCUUAACUUGGAUUGUGUUAAUUUCAACAAAAUAUGAAUCAACAACAUUAACAAAAUGCUCAAUAUUUAGUUCAAAGUUUUCAUCGUAAAGCAAUCGGUUGAAAUCUGGCACACCUAGCUUUGUCAAACAUUUCAAAAAUCGAAGAUUGGAUGACAAUCCCAACCGUGAGGUAGUUUCUGAACCUUUUAAAAAUAGCACUAUUUGAUCGUGCAAAUUAGUCAACCCUUGUCGAACAAGGUCCAAAUUUUCUACGUAACGGAAAAGUGAUCGAAGCUCCAUGAUUGUUUUACAACUUCUAGCUGUGUUGAGAAAGUGCUUGAACACUUUGUUGACUUGGAACAUUGUGAUUAU